AUGUCGUCUUAUGUGUGUAAAUCACAAGCUGAAAAAAGUUGGUGUACGAAGGCUAGUCAGUUUGAAUUUGAAUUUGGAUUGUUUUAUGCAUGGAGUUUAUGCGUGUUCUCUGUGAUCUGUGCAUAUAGUAUUUUAUGUCCAUUGAUUACACCAUUUGGUCUAAUCUAUCUGAUAUUGAAAUAUUUCGUUGAACGUUAUAAUCUCUAUUAUGCUUAUUUACCUAGUCGUAUUGAUGCACAUAUUCAUUGGCUUGCAGUUAGUUGUAUGUUAGCUUCAGUGUUUCUAUUACAAUUAAAUAUAUUUAUGUUCAUUGUUUUACGUGCUAAUACAGUUAGUCAUGCUUUAGUGAUUUGUUCUUUAUUGGGUUUAAUAUUCUCGGCAAUAUUAAUGAUAUUCACUAUUAUUACUGGUUGGAUUAUGGCUGGUAGUAGUUCAGCACGUAAACUUCUACUUAAAAAUGCUCAUAUUUUGUCAGUGAAUGAUGAAGACACAUUUGUUGAUCAACAUGAUCGAUAUGAUAGUUUAAAAAGUGUUCAACGUGGAGGAUCACAUUUGAAUGAUAUAACUUAUACAGAGAAUGGUCAAGAAUCAGAAAUACCCGCUGUUCUAUCGAUGCGUCGCAAUAACAGUGAACCAAAUCAAUUUUUGCAACCAUUAAAACCAGAUGCAAUACAACGUAAUGAUUCAAUCACUCCACUUCCUCCGCGACUGUCACCCGCACCGGCACCGCCAUCAGCUCUUCAUCAUAUGCCUACUUCUUCUUCUUCUACUUCUUCUUCAUCACCACAAAUGUUAACACGUGAUCAUAUCGCAAGACAUUCAUUCCCUGUAAGAAUGAAUAAUAAUAGUAAAGAACAAUUUGUUGCACCAGUUCUAUUAAGUUAUCAACGAAGGCAUAGUGUAGCACAUAUGAGUGCACAGUCAAUGAUUACUUCAUUAUCGGAGAAUAAUUUGGACAAUGUUUCACAAUCAGAUGAUACUCUGAAAUAG